CGGAUGCACGGCGAGUUAUUUCUUAACUCGACACGCAAUGUAUUGUUAUUUACGAUUCCUUUUUUUCCCUUGCAGCUACAGUGCGAAUAGCAGCGAAUCUUCAGGGUCUAGUCUUUUCAAACCAUCGGAGUUAUCGUCUUCCCCACAUUUUACGGCCAGUUCUUUCUUCUCCGUCGACCAAGAAGAACUCUCCCUCCUCUCUCGCCGCCUCUGCCCCGGAGAUCGCCGGCGCCGCCGGGAUUGAUUCCCACUGAUUUUCUUCCACAAGUCGGCCACAGGGUGAAGAGGAUUCGGUUCGCCGAUUCGCAAACCGCGUGUGAAGUUGUGUUCCACAGGCCAUGGUCAGCGGCGCAACUUCUUCAUCAAUGGCUGGAGAUGAAGCAACACAUAGGAAGCCAAAAAGGAAGCGGCGGGCUAAGUCGGCCGAUGAAGACGCAUCAGGCGAUGAGCCACCCGAAUCAAAGGGGCCCAACCUGACAUGUUGCAGCGCCACGUUAGCGUCGGAGGCUUGUCGUGUGCUGUCCAAUACACACCACGAGAAAUUGGGGGAAAUCGGGCUAGACGCCGUGGCUUGCAUGACACUUGAAAGUCUCAAGAAGACCAACCCCGACACAAUGUGUCCUUCCAUUGAUGGUGAACGGAAGAUUCAGAUCACCCCUCGCACCGUGAAGCUUGUGAUGGGGACCCCAUUAGGCGGACAUGAUAUUGUAAUCCCACCUAACAAGGUUGUGCGAAGCGUGCACGACAGGAUCACACAAGAAUUGGGAAUUGCACGGAAUGGUCGGAUCUCAGCUAAAAUGCUGAUUGAAGUGAUCAAGAACCAGAAAGACAACCCCUCGGCAGUUCGUUUCUUAGUCAUGGUUCUUAUGUCCAAGCUCCUACUCCCAACAACCGACUUUUACAUACCCAAGAGUGAUGUAUGGGUUGCCGCUGACCUCGAUCGGGUCGCUGCCAUCGAUUGGUCGAAGGCAGUGUUCCAAGCACUGAGCGAUACCAUCAGAUGUUGGCGACAAAAGCCCACAUCGUCAAUCACAUCUUGUGUUGUAUUUUUGGUGGUAAGCUAUUCCGUUAAUUUCAUCUAUUUUACUUCUGUUUCUAACAAUUUUAUUCAUUUUAUGCAUACAAACCUAGGUUUAUACUUCCGUCAUGAAUUUUUUUUAUUCUCCAUCAUGAUACUUCUUUUUGUACAGGUUCGGUUCUGUAUCUUGACAACAUCCUCGACGUCCGAAUCAGGUGGGUUGAGGUCAUCAAUGUCCGAUGGUGGAGAUGGGCGUGGAGUUGACAUGUACCCAAAAUCUUCAGCGAACAUCGUGUCAUCUGCUUCCAUCGAGGGCGACAGCAGGAAUGGGUCUGGGGAAGGCGGUGGUGGCUCCGACACACGAAACUCUUCGGGGGAGUUCACAUACCUCCUCACGGUGCUCCGACGUGGUAUUAACGGACGGAGCUGGAACAUGUUCUUCGGAAUUAGUCGCUUUGGCGGUAGAUGUUUGGGCAAUCUCAUCCAUGGGAUGAGUUGGGUCUGUGUUGGGCACUUGUGCAGAAGCCGUGAUAGUCAAGUUUAUAAAAGGGAAUGCAAACCUUGCAAACAGAAAUCACGGGAUCUGAUCCGUGCUAAUCCAGGGAGUAAUCGAAGAUAUUUUCUAGCGGAUUAGUUAGCUUGUACGUACGUACAAUCCCGAGAUUCGUGGCUACGCAUUAUCACACAAAUUAGCGAACCCCUAAUUAUAUUAUAGUUAAAAAAACAUCCAUCGAAUCAUGCAGGGUACAAAUCAACAAAGUUAUUUUUUAACUCAAUAACCUAUACACCAAAUCCACGUCACAACCGUGUAUAAGUCAAAUAUUAACUCCAUCACCAUACCAUCCUUUUAAAAGUAAAACUCUUAUCUAACAUUAACUAAAAAUAAGUAAAAAUUUAACUCUUCGCGAACGGAAUCAUAACCCACCUCCAAAUGUACAUAAGUUAAUUAU